GGAGCAUUGAUAACCGGGUUUUCGGUUAAAACGAACCGGAAUGUAUGGAACCGCGCAGCUGAGAAUAAUUUUACCCUUCGCAAGGAAAGAGAAGAGAAGAAGAAAAAGGAAAAGACCCAAACGAGAAACACCUUCAUUCUCUUCUCAUCAAAGCUUCCUUUUAUCCUCAGUUUUCAAUUCGCGUGAAGAGAGACGGAGAAAGAGAAAGAGAGAGAAAGCUUCCUUUUAUCCUCAUUUUGUUCCAAAUCGCGAGGAGGAGUGGGAAGAACGAAGAUGACUAUUGGAUUUUUCUGUUUUUCCCUGUUGCAGCUCUAAUUUUGCAAAAAAUUGGAUCUUUCUAAAUUUCUUUUCGGGUGAUAUAUUCUGGGUUUGCGCUAUUGAUCCAGUGGAUUAAAGGGUUUUUUUUUAGGGCACCAAUUUUUUUUUCUGGAAGAGUAAAAUUCCCCUUUUGAGCCGGCGUUGGGGUUGUGAUUGUUGUAGUUAGGGGUUUUGGAAUCAGAAUCGCAGAUUAUCAAUGGAGACUCGUGUUGGAAACAAAUUUCGUAUGGGCCGAAAAAUCGGAAGCGGUUCUUUUGGAGAGAUUUAUCUCGGUACUAAUAUUCAAACGAAUGAAGAAGUCGCAAUCAAGCUUGAAAAUGUGAAAACGAAACAUCCACAGCUUCUCUAUGAGUCGAAGUUAUACAGAAUUCUGCAGGGAGGAACUGGUGUUCCAAAUGUGAAGUGGUUUGGUGUUGAAGGUGACUACAAUGUUCUGGUGAUGGAUUUGCUGGGACCCAGUCUUGAAGACUUGUUCAAUUUCUGUAGCAGGAAACUUUCCUUGAAGUCGGUCCUCAUGCUCGCAGAUCAAAUGAUAAACCGUGUUGAGUAUUUCCACUCGAAGUCUUUCCUUCACCGAGAUCUCAAGCCAGAUAAUUUCCUCAUGGGGUUAGGAAGACGCGCGAACCAGGUAUACAUCAUCGACUUUGGUCUUGCUAAGAAGUACCGGGAUAACACUACACAUCAGCACAUUCCCUACAGGGAAAAUAAGAAUCUCACUGGAACUGCAAGAUAUGCUAGUAUGAACACUCACUUGGGAAUUGAACAAAGCCGACGAGAUGAUCUAGAAUCUCUUGGUUACAUUCUCAUGUAUUUCCUUAAAGGAAGUCUUCCAUGGCAAGGACUUAAAGCUGGAACCAAGAAACAAAAGUAUGAGAGAAUUAGCGAAAAGAAAGUAUCUACAUCAAUUGAGUCCUUAUGCCGUGGUUACCCAUCCGAAUUCGCAUCCUACUUUCACUACUGCCGGUCGCUUCGGUUUGAUGAUAAACCAGACUACGGUUAUCUCAAAAGAAUAUAUCGGGAUCUCUUCAUCCGCGAAGGGUUCCAAUUCGAUUACGUCUUUGACUGGACAAUAUUGAAGUAUCAACAGUCUCAGCUAACCGCUCCUCCUUCCCGUGGCCUUGUAACUCCUGCGGCUGGAACCAGCUCCGGUUUGCCUCCAGGAUUGACCAGCAGCGAUAGAUACGCAGUGGAGGAAGACGGAGGGAGACCACCGAUGGAUUCAUCAAGAAGGAGAACGUCAGGAGCUCCUCUUGAGAACUCUGGGAACAUAACAGCAGCGCCUAUCAAAGCCCCGAUGAUGCCAAGCUCGUCGAUGUUUGCACAAUCGGCAGGAUCAUCAAGGAGAGUACCGUCGUCGGAGGAGCUACAGAGAUGCCGUACAGGCGGCGUAUUAAGAAACUCUCCGGUGGUUUCAACGUCGGAAGGGAAGAGAUCUUCCUCCACCAGAAAACAUUACGAUUCUGCGAUCAAAGGCAUCGAGACUCUCCAAAAGAGUUUACUCCGUUCUGGAACCCUAAUCUCGUUGAUUUCGAAUCUGGAUACAGUCGAAUCCGAGAAAUCGUUCCAGAGAUCUGAUACUUCUCUCUUCAAAGAUCUGACAUCGGAGAUGGCAGACAACAAUUCACCACCAGAGAAAGCAGAUCAGAUCGUUGAGGCAAACCCAUUAGUCAAGGACGAUACUUCACUGGAGACCAUAGUUCGAAGGUUUCAGGAUUCAAUGUCAGAGGCCAAGACGCACAAGUUCUGGGAGACUCAGCCCGUUGGGCAGAAAAUGGAACCGCGCGAUGUCCCCGCUGUUACCCGGUUGCUGAGGAACUACCUCGGCCAGUUUGGUGUCGCGACUGAUUUCGAUGAGAACGACGUCGAGCACUGGCUCCUCCCGAGAGAGGAUGUGGUGGACAGUUACUUGGUGGAGAGCCCUGAAACUCACGAUGUCACGGAUUUCUGCAGUUUCUACACGCUUCCUUCGACGAUCCUCGGGAACCCAAACUACACGACAUUGAAAGCUGCUUAUUCCUACUACAAUGUCGCAACGGAGACCUCGUUUCUUCAGCUGAUGAACGACGCUCUGAUCGUCUCUAAGCAAAAGGGUUUCGACGUGUUCAAUGCUUUGGAUGUGAUGCACAACGAGAGUUUCUUGAAAGAGUUGAAGUUUGGUCCAGGAGAUGGUCAGCUACACUACUAUCUCUACAAUUACCGUUUGAGAAGCGCGUUGAAGCCAUCGGAACUUGGGCUUGUUCUCUUAUAA